GACGAAACAAAGACGAGACAAAGUGUGUCGCGACGAGCAAAUCAGAGUUCUGGAUCUAACACUGACUACUCUUUCUCCCACCUCAUCGGAUCCGUUCUCUGCAUGAUUCUUUGAGCUUUCAGAGAUACAAAGGAGAAGUUUUAAUUGAACCUGUGGGAUUAUGGCCUCUAAGAGGGGAAGUUUUGACCUUUCAGGGCCCUCAGACCUUACUCAGGUUGACUGGAAUAAUGCAGAUCAUCGGAGAUCGGUUGCUGCUUGUUUGGUUGAAUCUGUCUAUGUCUUAGAGCGGGACCGCCAGGAGGAACGUGAAGGUUCCCAGGCUCUUGCUCCUCGUUGGUGGGAAUUUUUCAAUUUUCAGUUGCAGCGCAAAGUCGUAGAUAAGGCCGACUCUUCUAUCUUCGGUGCCAUCUUCAAGUAUAAGCUUAACCACUCAGCAGAUGGACCACAUUUCGUGGUCGCCUUCCGAGGCACCUUGCUCAAUAUAGGAUCAGUCUUGCAAGAUAUUAUGCUGGAUUUUAAAUUGAUCCAGCAAGGGCUCCACUCCACCUCUCGUUUCAAGACUGCCAUGCAGGAGGUACGAAACACGGUUGCAACCGCGGGCGAUUCUAGGGUCUGGUUAGCUGGCCACUCCCUGGGGUCUGCCAUUGCUCUGCAAGCUGGAAAGAACAUGGCCAAAGACGGAUCGUAUCUCGAGUCUUUCCUCUUCAAUCCGCCUUAUUUAUCUGCCCCAAUCGAGAAGAUCAAGAACAAGAAAUGGAAGCGGGGUAUCCAGAUACUCAACAGCACGGCCAGUGCUUUAGGGGCGUUAGCUAAGAAGUCUCUGCAACAGCUGAAUCAAUCCGCCGAUUCUUUUGCGGCUUUGUCCCCUUGGGUUCCUCAGCUGUUUGUCAACGCAGAAGAUUACAUCUGCUCGGGAUACAUUGGCUAUUUUGAGCACCGAGACUGGAUGCAAAAGAAGGGAGCAGGAGCUAUCCAGAGGGUUGCUAGUCAUCAUUCUUCGGGAUCGAUAUUCAAGAGCAAGAAGAAGGGGAAGCAGGCAGAGCCUUUGCACCUCAUCCCGUCGGCAAAUCUAACAAUCAAUUUAGAUCCGCCGCUGGAGUUCAUGAAGGCGCACAGUAUUCGCGAAUGGUGGAAACAGGACCUGAGGCUGGAGUCCCAAGUCUACGAGUACAAUUAGUAUUGAAAGUAUUGUUGGACUAUUUCCCGCCUUAUAUGCAUUUGUAUCUGAUGGUGUGAUUGAACUUCCACAAGCCAUUGUUGGAUAGACAGUUGUUUGCUCUCCCUGUGCUGAAUUGUAAAUUGUUUGUGUGCUGAUCAAUGUAAUCCGGACCUGUUGUUCUGUGUGGCACAUUUUCUUUUUGGUGUGAAAACCGGAAAGAGUACCGCAUUUCGUGUGAUAUGUAUUGUCUACUUUUUGGUGUUAAAACUGGAAAGGCUGGGG